AUACAGCGGAUGUAAUCUCGAGUGUUUCCUAAUUUGAAUUACACAAGCUACAUAGUAAAAAGGACAAGCUAAACAUGAAGUACAUUUUUCAAUUUUUUCUUGUGUUCAUCUUUUCCGAAUUAAAUUUGGGAGCUAGCUUGAAAAUAACGAUUAUUUCGGAUAUCCAGUAUGACGAUGCACAGACAAACUGUACAUCUGAGUUUUUCGGUACACUUAUACCAUUCCAGAUACUACAAAUCAACGCCUCUUUUGUUCUGGAAGCUUUAGAUGUCAACGAAACAGCAUGGACUGGUCUAGAAAAGUUUGUACUCGGAUGUCAAAAUGAAACUGGAAUAUGCAAAGAAAUAAAGCAUGGACGAGUGCCAACGUCUGACAAGCUUAAUUACACGUGUGUUGUCAAUGAUACAGUAGUGAUGAAUUCUAGUGAGACCAAAACAUACAGCGAUAGUCAACGUGACUGCCAAGCAAUUAAAAGCACAGUUGCCAAACUUGAUAGUCAGCAACCAUUAUAUAGGCUCCCAACGAGUAUUCAGGUUCCUGAAAGGGGUGAAGAGUGGUUUGAGUUGGUGGACACAGACUAUCUUAAAAGAAGUUUGAUACGGAGGUGCCAGUAUGUGAGGAAAACUGAUGAAUGUUCUUUACGGAUAGAAUUUGGGGACUGUGAUUAUACAAGAAAAGGAAUCUGCUAUACAGACGAAGAUAUGUCGUAUCAAAGCAGUCUCAAAUUUGUUGAGUUCAAUGGAAAUGAUAAUAUCACCGCGAGAGACAGAGUUGACAUUUCAGAAGAAAGUUUUUGUUAUGUCUCGACGGCAACCUCUAUCAAGGAAACAACAGAAAAUAUGCCACCUUCUACCCAAGAACAUACCACAAGUACAACAAGACCAAAACAAUUUUCAGAUAAUCCAAAGGAUGAAACCAGUGCAACAGAUACUACACAAUUAUCGACAGGUGGUACUUCAGUUGGUGUAUAUAGUAAAGUUCCUGUUGUACCUGCUGUACCUGCUGAGCCUGCUGAACCCAGAAAACCUUCCUCAGAGGAAUCAAAUAACCUAUGGAUUAUUGCUGUCGUUAUAAUAACCCUUUUGGUGAUCAUGAUAAUUGUUCUUGUCAUGAUUUGGAGACAUAAAAGAAGACAACGUAGUACUAUACUAGAACACGAUGGAGAAAAACGUGCGAGUACAUCUGAUGUGAGUGGCCCAGUUACAGGAAGCCUCCGACGAUACCAAGCAACUUCUUCAAGACCUUACGGAACUGAUUCAGGUAUAGAAGUACUAGGACGAGGUAUGUUUAGCGGCCUGCAAUCGGAAAGUAUUGAAAUCACUGAUUUAGAUGAAGAUAUCGAAGAAACCAAAUUGAAUGAUAAUGGAACGUUACGAGAGGUAAAUGUCAUGAGUGUAAACAACGAAAAUUACAACAUAACCAAAGAAAGUAAAGAAGAUAAAACAAAAGAGAUGGAGGCUGCAAAAAAGUCAAUCAGUAGCAAUAAUGAUGUUGUUAACGAAUCUGACGACAAAACUGGAUUGAUUCUUGACAAUGGAGAACUAUCUGAGGUAAUGGUGAUGAUUGAAAAUAACGAUAAUCAAAAAGAUAAAAUAAAAGAAGUAGAAGCCGAAACAAAGUCAACAAGUAGCAGUAAUGAUGCUAUUACCGCACACAGUUCUGAUGACAAAACUGGACUGAUAAUUGAAGAUCCUUGAACUACAUUUAUUGACACUUUAUCUUAUAAAAUGAUAAGUCAUUUGGUUUAUUGUUACCCUUAAAUUACAAUUUGCCGUUUCAUAAUUUAACGCAUUUUCGGUAAUACUUUUAAAAAUGUACAACAAAUCACCGUGAUUGGUUAAAAAUGUUCCAAAAAAUUUAAAUUUAUUCAAUGUCGUGAGGGUACUUUCAUUUUAGGGUACAAGCAAUAAAAUUACUCAAGGUGCUUUAAAUUUGGAAACGGUCAAAUUGAGUACUUUAUCUCAAUUUUAUAGGAAGCUCAUAGAUAUCUUUCUUCUUUUAGAAUGAUAAGCCUUGUAUAAUCGACAAAAAAAUUCUAUGAAACUAAAGUAAUAAUAGUUGAAAAAGGUAAAAAGGUAGUUUUU